GUUUGUUCUCUUGUUUGUGACUCUUUUGUGUGCUGUGGACUUUGUGACCAGCGGCUUUGACCUGUACAUGCCCAACGUCGACAAAAGCAAGGCACGCCCACGACACCGACACAUAUUUAGUCUGCAGUCUGAGCAAGGCGAAUGACCCAUUCACGACCGACCUCGCCUCACCUUCGACAAUGAUCACCCAACAGCAAUUCCUCUCCUUGCCUCCGAACUUCGACAACGCUCGGGCGGGAGCAGUAGACUCCAACGUUGCCAUCUUCGACGAGUGGCUAGAAUGCCACUUCAGGCCACAGGUCAAACGGCUGGCCAAGCGGAUGGCCGUCUGCGAUAACAUCCAAGCGCGCGAGGUGCUCGAGCUCUCGGGCGAUUGGGAUCGGUUCACCACAUCGAUGAGGCAGCUCGAUCUUCCUGCGCAAUCUUACGAGACGCUGCGCGCAAGGACCGUCGAGUUGCGGGAGAGAAUUGGCGAAUACUGGUCCCGGUACAGCGCGGCGAUGGAGAAACCAGGCGACCUUUGGGUGACGAUUACCCCCAAAGAUAUGGUGCAGAUGAUGGACUGGUUCACCAAGUUGAAGAUGGAUGAGCCGGCGUUCCAGCAGCGGCUCACCCGCGACGGUGAAUAUCCGGUGUUCUGGCAGAUUUUUGAGAAAGGUUUGUGCCUCCAUCUGCGCAGGAAAAAGUCAUGGCCUUCUGCUAGUUUCCGCAAGAUGGCCGAUUGGGAAGACCGUUUCGAGUUCAUGAAGCGCUGCUCGGGCCCCGCUUUCGAAGAGCUAGGGCAUAUCCAGGAUGCUGUCACUUUGGCAGGAGCUGUCGAAAGUCACUAUCGGUAUGCAUUGGAAGAUGCGCUGAACCAGCAAGAUUUCGAGUGUGUAUUCUGGUGCCUCGGUCAAAGCAUGUUUUUCCUGUGCGACCAUGUCUACAAUCGCUGGAGGAAAUCGGAGUCGAGCGCUGUGCAGGCGAUCUGUGUCUAUCUGGACAGGUCAUCACUGUGA